AGCUUGUGUAAUGUGAAGGUGGCUGUCUUCGCGAAUGUGACACCGUAGACAUUUAUUUGUUGAAGGGGAGACUGCUGCCUUCAUUGUAAUGGUAGAAGAGUAGAUAUGGCUUCGUGUAGUCUGACGGAUAUUUACCAAAGACUCGGAGGAACCUGCAACCAUCUGCUACCAUCUUCAGGACAGACGAUAUAAAAUGGAAGGCUGGAGAUGAAAGCAGCAAGUUACUUCAAAACUUUGUUGAAUAUAUACUAGACUACACGGUGUCAUUUUCCAGAAAACUGUAAUCUCCUCAGUCACUUCCGUGAGAAUUACAGACCUCACGUCAGUUCCAUUUUUCUUUUACCGUUUGGGGCCACAUGCUUGUGGGCAAAAGAAAGAACAAUUAUUGUGACAUGUCAAAGUAAAUCAUUUGUCAUCAAUACUGAAGAAAACAUACACUGUACUCAAUUCUGGAUAUCAGUGAAUACUACUGAAAAUGAGAAGGCGUGAUGGAUAUGGUUUUCACAGUCAGCGUAACUACAAGACUGAAGGAAGGAAAGGGAAUAAUUACGGACGCACUGACAGAGACUCUGAAGAUGGUAUGGGUGCAGAGAGUUAUGACAGAGGAGAUAAGAGAGGAGGACGAGGAAAAGGAAGAGGAAGGCCACCUGGACUUAAAGGAAGAGAGAUAGGGUUAUAUUAUCGAGAUAAGAUGAGAAGCAAGAAGCAAGCAAGUUUACAGCGCAUUGGAGUCAGUCUAGAUCCGAGAAGAGAGCAACAAAUCAGAGAGUUAUUGAGCUCUAUUGGUACAUCAGACCUCCACCGUGACGUGAAAUGUGAAUUAAAUUCUGAACCAGACGAUUUUGCAUUCUCUGGUACUCGUUACUUUUCACUACAUGAUAAACCAAAAGUAAAAUGUGAACUGGGAAGUGAAGUUGGAGAGUGUUCUAGUGCUCAGGACUUUUCUGUGGAUGUGAAACGUAAAGUAAAGCUGGAAGUAGGUGAUAAGUCUGGAGAAAUUUCAGCAGAGAGCACACGUGGUACAAGAAGAGUGUAUAAUGAAAGUGAUGUAAAACCUGGACCAAGCAGUACUGACAACCAUGGAAGUUCUGCUGCAGAUAGAUACAGUCACAUAAGCGAGAGUUCAUUCAAACGCAAGUUUUUGCAGAAUAUAACAGGAAACAUUGAAGCAAAUCUAGGACGUUCAUUGUUAGUGGGAACGUCAUUGGUACAGGACAAAGAAUUGGAUGAACUUUUCAAAAUGAGACUUAUUGACAAACAAAACAGCAAACGCUACAAGAAGAUGAUGGAAUUCAGGCAAAAGUUGCCAUCAUUUGGGAUGAAAGAUCAGAUUUUAGAUCUUGUGGAACAGAAUCAGGUCACUGUCAUCAGUGGAGAAACAGGAUGUGGCAAAACUACCCAGGUAGCACAGUUUAUUCUUGACAGUUAUAUCAUGAAGGAUAAAGGAUCUGUGUGCCGUAUUAUAUGCACUCAACCUCGCAGAAUUAGUGCCACAUCGGUAGCAUCUCGAGUAGCUGAGGAGAGGGAUGAAGUUUGUGGAGAAGAGAGUGUCGGCUACCAAAUUAGACUAGAAAAGCGGAUGCCACGCAAGAAGGGCUCUAUAUUGUUUUGCACCACUGGUGUAAUGCUUCAAUGGAUGCAAUCUGACCCAGUUCUUAGAGAAGUGUCUCAUAUUGUCUUGGAUGAAAUACACGAACGCGAUGUCAUCAGUGACUUUGUUAUGACCAUUCUCAAAGAUAUCAUCCAGAAGAGAUCAGAUUUGAAAGUAAUUUUGAUGAGUGCCACAUUAAAUGCAGAGCAGUUUUCAAAGUACUAUGGUGACUGUCCCUGUCUGAACAUACCAGGCUUCACAUAUCCAGUGAAAGAGUACUACUUGGAGGAUGUCCUGCAGAUGACCAGGUUUGAGAUUGAACCAACAAGAGUACCAGAUACUCAAGGAUGGAAGAAACACUUGAAAUUUGUCAAAGCAAGAGUAAGGAAAGUUCAGGAAUUUGAAAAUUUCAUUGAGCCAUAUGUGAGGUAUCUCGCAUCAGAGGGUAAAUAUUCAUCACGUGUGUUGGAGAUGCUGAAAAGUGCUGAAUCAGAAGAAAUAAACUUGGAUCUAAUUGUUGCUCUGAUUCAGCAUAUAUGUGUCACAAAAGAUGAUGGUGCAAUCUUAAUUUUCCUACCUGGUUGGGAUAAGAUCUCUAGUUUGCACAAAUUGCUUAAAGAAAGCGUCAAUUUUCCAUCCUCCCGCUAUCAGAUAAUUCCACUGCACUCACUGAUGCCCACAGUGAUUCAGAGGUCCGUGUUUGACAGACCUCCAAAAGGUGUUCGGAAGAUUGUCAUUGCUACCAACAUAGCUGAAACAUCCAUCACAAUUGAUGAUGUUGUGUAUGUGAUAGAUUGUGGUAAAAUUAAGUUAAAGAAUUUUGAUGUGAACAGUAACAUCUCAACACUAAGAGCAGAGUGGGUGAGCUUAGCCAAUGCAAGACAGAGACGUGGACGAGCAGGCAGAGUACAGCCUGGGGAAUGUUACCAUCUUUAUACAAAAGCAAGAGAGAUGACUCUGGCAGACUAUCCUCUUCCUGAGAUGCUGCGGACCCGUCUAGAUGAGGUUAUCUUGCAGAUCAAAAUACUGCAGCUAGGAAAAACAAAACCAUUCUUAGAGCAAGUCAUGAAUCCUCCAGAUCCUCGUGCUGUUGAAUUAUCAAUUAAGUUGUUAGAGAAUCUAAAUGCUUUGGAUGCUGAUGAGAAUCUUACACCUCUCGGUUUCCACUUGGCCAGAUUACCUCUUGAUCCACAGACUGGGAAGAUGAUUCUGAUGGGUGCUCUCUUCAGCUGUGUUGACCCCAUCUUCUCUGUUGCGGCUAGCCUCAGUUUCAAGGACGCUUUUCAUGUUCCAUUGGGUCGAGAAGAAGAAGUGAAUCAGAAGAAGUUAUGCCUCUCCAAGGGACUGAAAAGUGAUCAUUUGGUCCUGGCUGAGGCACUUAAGCAGUGGGAAGUAGCUGAAGAAAUGAGAAGGGGCCGUGAGUUCUGCUGGGAUUACUUCCUUUCAUCCAAUACACUUUCAUUGCUUAGAGACAUGAAGGGUCAGUUUGCGGAACACCUUCAUGAAAUGAAUUUCCUUAGCAGCAGGGAUCCGAAAGCUGAAGAUGCAAACAUCAACUCUAGUAAUUCAAGUCUUGUGAAGGCCAUUAUCUGUGCUGGCCUAUAUCCUAAUGUUGCCAUUGUAAGGUCUGUUGUGAGGAGGAGGAAGAUGGCCCAAGUUAAUGUCAAAUUGACAACACCUGAAGAUGGAAGAGUUUACAUUCACCCUCGUUCCAUUAAUGAGAAACAGUUGGAAUUUGAAAGCCCAUUCCUCGUAUACCACUUGAAAUUAAAGUCUACUUCCAUCUAUCUACAUGAUACAACGAUGGUCUACCCUCUUCCCCUCCUAUUCUUUGGACAAGGUGUUGAUGUUUGUAUUGAAGAUGGUCUUGAAACAAUUGCUGUUGACAAGUCAAUACGCUUUAAAUGCCAGGAAAGCACCGCAAAUCUAGUCAAGGAAUUGAGAACACAAUUGGAUCAGCUUCUGGAAUACAAGAUCUCUCACCCAGGGACCAUUAACUGGAACCGUUACAGCACUGAAGGUGCAGUCCUCAGAGCCAUUAUUGAACUCAUCACAUCAGAAGACAAACAGAUGAUGCUAGUGGCACAAGAGGGAGAAGAUGGUUUUUCUGACUGAGAAGUUUUCACAUUAUUUAUAAUUAUAAAAGCUACUUUUGCUCCAUUAGAAUAUGUAUAAAAAUGCAGCUUUUGAAUAAAGACAGUAUUUCAAGCAAA